AUGGCCAGCGACUGGGCGGGCUUGCCCCGGCACCUCCUCAUCACUAUCUUCCAGAUGGUGCUCGACGUGCACUAUGACCUAAUCCCCUUGGCACAGCACUGGUACGCGCUGGCAUCCGUGUGCCGUCACUGGCACGAGACAGUGAGCGCCACCCCCCUCAUGGUGGAGCUACAGACUCCCGAGGACCUGGGGGCCCCCGUCCUGCGCUGGCUCUCCCAGCGGUGCAUGGAGAGCCUGUCCAUGCGCCCGGCCGUGGACAGGAAGAGGAGGGACGAGCUCCUCCUGCAGUACCCCGAGUUCAUCCGGCGGUCCGGGCAGGACCUGCAGGUCCUCUGGAACGCAGACCUGAGCACCUCCCUCCCCCUCCUGCCCCACUUUCAGAACCUGAACAAGGUGGAGGUGGCGCUCCCCCCCCCCGCCCCCGGCUCGCGCCUGCGCCACCUGGCGGUCAAGUCGGCGCAGGUGCUGGUUGACUGGCCCGCGCUGUGCGCCUCCGGCUGCGAGCAGGUGGAGCUGACGGCGGAGAACCUGACGCUGAGCCUGGUGCCCCUGGCCGGCCAGCCCGGCGCGGAGGUGCGCGAGGACGCGGCCCGGUCGGCGCGGCAGGAGGCCCGCAUCCCCAUCCCCGGCAGGUUCCCGGGCCCCGAGCCGGCCUACGGCGCGCUGACGGAGGAGCUGACACGUGGGUCGGUGCGCGGCGCGACGCUGGCCUUCUACACGCUGUCGGUGGCGGCCCCCACAUGGCGCAACGUGCGCCUGAUGGAGGACCCGGACGCGCUGCUGUCCGCGCUGCGCUCGCAGCUGCUGGGCGCGGCCUGGGACGUGAGCCCCACGCUGGAGUGCCACCCCGACUUCGUGGGCGACGCCGAGUCGCCGGACCCGUGCCAUGUGCUGGAGCUGACGCGGGAGGACGACGCCGGCGGCGCGCGCUCCUUCCACUUCACCACCCCCGCCACGCCCGACGAGCGCGCGCUGGUGCUGGCUGGCCCCGUCUGGCGCCUGGCCUGGUGCGGCGACCCCGCCAGCGACGCCAUCCUGGCCGACCCGCGCUUCCUGGCCGCCAGCGGGCCCACGCUGGAGGAGCUGACCAACGUGGAGCUGCGCCCGGGGCUGAGCCUGGAGCCCUUCCUGGCGCUGCACACGCUGGUCGCGCGCGUGCGCGGCCCCGACCUGGCGCGCCUGGCGCUGCCGCGCAGCCUGCGCACGCUCACGCUCGUGGCGUGGGCCGACGACGACGAGGAGGCGGUGGACUUUGAUGCGCGGGAGCUCGCGCCCCGCCUGCCGGAGUUGGCCGACCUGGGCCUGGUGGGCUGGCGGGCGCACGACCUGGCCGCGCUGGGGCCGGGCGUGCGACGCAUCCGCGUGUCCGACCCCGACACGCGCGGCGACGGCCUCGAGCGCGUGCCCACCGACGAGGAGCUGCUGGACGCGAUGGAGGAGGAGGAGGACCAGCUGUACAACGGCAGCUGGCCGCUGGACCCGCCGGAGCACGCCUUCUACCGCGGCGACGAGUGCGAGGCCGACUGCGGCGACCCGCAAUGCAUGGUGCACAGCAAGCUGCGCAUGAUCCAGAUAUCUGUGACCGGGCAGGACCUGGAGGUGGAGGUGGUGAAGCUGGACGACCUGGUGGACGCGGGUUUCCAGUGCAUCUCCAUUAACCUGCCGGACGCGGAGGGGCUGCCGUGCCUGCUCCUCAUUUCCAUCUCGUGGGAGAGGUUUCUGGACAAGCUCAAUGCGUCGGCGGUGGAGGUGAUCGAGGUGAACUCCUACUCCUCCUCAGUGCAUGUGGUGGAGCAGCUGCCGGGGGCGGCGAUCAACGCCUACGCCAGCUCCUGCGCAUUUGUCAACGCGCUGGCCCUGGUGGAGGGCCGCGCCGGCGACGUCUGGGACAUCAAGAGCUGGAUGGGCGGGGACAGCGAGCGCGGCAUCGUGCCCAACGCACGCGGGUACGCCCUGCUGCGCAGGACGUCGAGGUCGCGGUGA